AAUGGGCAGACGAAUACAAACCAAUUCAAAUAAUAGACCCAACAUGGUAUAAUACAAUCACGACAAAGAUCACAUCCUCCAAACUAGAGAUUAUAAUCAAAGAAGCACCCAAUACAAAGGCUACUGGGCCCUCAAAAAUAUCAAAUGAAAUGUUAAAACAUCUAGGCCCUCAAGCGAAAGCCACAAUCUUAAACCUAUUAAACAACUGUCUGACACUAUAUGAC